AUGGGAAGUGUUUCCGAGGAUGAUUCUUCACGUUUCCAACGCCGACAGGCAGUUCGACGGAAGGGAUUUGUCUUCCAAAGAGUACAGACUCUGUCAAAGAUUUCUGAAGGGAAUCGCUCUAGCAGUCUUAGUGCACUGAACUCGUCCCCUGGUAUAGGUCGCCUGAGAACAAGAAAUACAGGUACGUGGUUACAAGAGACUAACCUCAUACACAAGAAGCAAUUUGUAGAGGUGAAGCCAACGUUUUUACAGUUUGCCAAGAGUUCUCUCCCUUUAAAUGCUGAUAUUUAUAUCCUGGAGGCUGUACUUCGAGAACUCGAGGAAUAUCGGGAGGAUCUUUGGAACCUGGGUAGGGCUGACUGCCCCUUGGAGGAUUCAGGGGAAGGAGACAAACCCCUGCUCCGUACACAUGUGAGGGGGGAGGGGGGUGGAGCCAGGGGUUGCUCCACCCCCAGUGAUUCUUCAGACCCCACCCUUGUCCGCUUGUCUAUGCACUGGGAUGAAUUUUUUGGGUCAUCCCUAGAUCUGGCGCCAUCGCUCUUGUCUCUCUAUGACAGUAUUGCUUUAGCCAAUAAAACAUCACAAGAUGUUGGGGACCAAUCACAUGACCAAAGCACAUCUUCUUCAACCAAUGCAAAUAAUAUAUCAGACAGCCAUUCCACCAAUGAGGACACAGCAUCACAAAUUCCACCAUUAAUCAAACUAGAUUCAGGUGAAACAGCAUGUGAUGGAAAUGGUUGCCAUGGCAAUGUUACUGGACAAAACCAUGAUCUUAAUGACAGUAAGAAACGUCCACUCAGCAUUAGUUCUGUGUCCUCUUCGUCGUCGUCAUCACUUCCUCGUCACAUUAGAAAACGACCAAACUUAUGCGAAUGUGAUCCUGUGACGUUAGGACGUGGUGACAUGGAGAAAUUGGAUCAGUUGAUGUAUAUAGACGAUGACGUACCAAACGGAACAGCUGACGAUGAUAUGUCGGUGGAUACCGAUAGUGAAAACUCGAAAAAGUAUGACAGUUCUGCUGUUAGUCAAUGUAAUGAAAACGUCUCUUCAAGUCCACUUCAGGGAUCUCUAGAUACUUCAAAAAACUCAAGUGUCACACCACCUGCCUCAUCUGUAGCUCCAGGAGUAAGUGAUUCCCCAGGGGCAGGGAUUAGCCCUGGGGUCACACCACGUUCCUCUAAUUCGUUCAUACGCCGAGACAGUACAAGUCCUUCCAAAUAUGUGACGUAUGUCCAGAGAGUGGUGGCGGAGAUUGUAGAAACAGAACGGAUUUAUGUAAAAUAUCUCAAGGAAAUCAUUGAUGGUUACCUGGAAUUUCUAAAGAAUUUAACCCAGGCUAAGGUGUCAGAAAAGGAGAGGAACUGCCUUUUUGGAAAUAUUGUUGAGAUUUACGAAUUCAGCAGAGUGUUCCUCGGGGAGCUAGAACUCUGUGAAGACAACCCGCUGAAGGUUGCAGACUGCUUUGUCAGACAUAAUGAAGGAUUUGUAAUCUACGCCCACUACUGCACAAACUACCCCAGUGCGGUGGAGGUAUUGACACAAGUGAUGUUAGAUCCAGAUUUGUGUGAACUUUUGAAGAAACAGCAACAGAGACUUGGCCACAAUUUACCCCUCGGUUCUUACCUCCUGAAACCUGUCCAGCGAGUCCUCAAGUACCACCUUCUGCUUCAUAAUAUCCUGAAAAACUAUGACAAGAAAGAUCCAGGACACAAGGUACUGACGACAGCCUUAGAUCACAUGACAGGCAUGGCUCAGCAUAUUAAUGAGAUGAAACGUAAACAUGAACAUGCUGUCAGAGUUCAGGAGAUCCAGUCACAAUUAGAAGAAUACGAAGGCGAGGACUUGACGAGAAUCGGAGAACUUGUCCUCGAGGGAAGUUUUCGUAUCUACGGAGCUAAGACAUCACGACACGUGUUUCUGUUUGAGAAAGGGAUUCUUAUCGCCAAGAAGAAAGAAGACUCUAUGCUUAGUAGCAAGGGUGUUAUUUUGUGUUCAAAUUUGAUGCUUGUUGAAAGUCUGCCAAAGGAACCACUAAGUUUUCAGAUCAUUCCUUUUGACAAUCCUCGGGGCCAACAUACACUUCAGGCCAGGAACCUUGACCAGAAACAUAAGUGGUGUCAGGAGAUCAAGAGACUCAUCAUCGAGAGUUACAAGGACAAGAUACCAGAGAAAGCAAAAGGUCUCGUGAUGCAACUGGGCAAGAGCAAAGAAGAGGAAUCAGUAUCGCCAGCUGACCUUGGUGCAAAGAAGAUCCAUUACCACAAUGCACCAGAGUAUCUUGAGAAACGACACAGAAUGAGACGUAAAUCUGGCACAGUCAUAUCAGAUCUCCUGAAACCACACAACAGGAAAGACCAGCGACGGGCGGAGUCUGUGAGUCCUAGAGUGUCACCAAACUUUCCAAGGAAGUAUUCCCUCCUUACAGCAUCAGAAAUGAGCCUUACACCAAAUACAAAGGGCAUGGAUGAGGCUGGUUAUAGCUCAUCAGGGGAGAUAAAUCAUUCAUUGUCAUGUGAUGGUAGUGAUGUAUCGGCAAUGGCAAGUGAUGGCGACCACAGUCUCCUUGGCGAUGAUCUAUGUGAAGGAAAUGCCCUUGGUCGUAAUCGAAGCUUUAAGUCUGCCAUGAGAGGUCGCCCUCUGUUGUCUACCUCAAUAGAUAUUGAGGAGGAAGUUAGUGAAACAGAAACUAGUAAACCUAGAGUGGAUAAUGUUACAAGGCGCUCAAGAAGUUUCCGGAUAGCAACUCGUAUGAAGCCUCUAAGAUCAGUUGAUUUAAGUGACGAACAAGUCCCUGUCUCUGGUCCAAACACACCGGUUAAGGACAGAGUUAUGGAUAAUUUUGGGUCAACAGCCAAGGAAGAGUCAGGGUCUCAAGUCGGCACAAACGGUAGACCUUGCUUGAAUAGCUACCGAGCAGACACUCAUUCCAGCAUGCCUGUUCUCAGUGAAGGCAUAGGGGGCUUGGAUAAAUGUGUCACACGAAAUUCUAGUAACCACAGCCCGGACAUAAAGAGAUUUAGUACACACAGUUCAGACAUGGAGAGUCCUUCCACACCACGAUCAACCAAUUCAGAAAGUUUCAGUGCACUUUUGCCUCAACCGAAGAGAGUGAUUGAUAUCAAGCAAUACUUUAAUGUGAAUCGUGAGCAAAAUGUUCAAACUAAAGGAAUAUCUAAAGAGCCAUUCAGCAAUUUACGACGAGAUGGACAAUCAGUUUCUGCAUUCAAUGACUCAUUUUCAAAAAAGGUCCUACAGGAUUCACCAAAUAGUGCGGCUCACACUGGACAAAGGUCAGUUUUCUUGACUCGACCGUUACCCUUAUCAUCGGCUCUGACAUCUGACCAGAAAAUGUGUUCAUCAAGUUGUUCCAAUGUCGAAAAUUUAGGAAAUCGUGAUUCACCUUUAAAGAAUGAAAAUCCGUGGGUACAGUCAAAUGCAGAUGUGAGACAGUUAAACAAUAAACCGAUACGUCAGCGUGCUCAUUCUACAGACGGUGAACUUGAUAGUCUUGAUUGGAUGGUAUAUGCUAACAGAAAUUCUCUGCCAGUGACAGGAUUUUCUACUGAUGAUAUACCAAAGUUGUGUAAAGGUAACUCAUCUCGUGAGCAUUUAGACAAAGGUAGUUCAGAGGAUGUGUUCAGUAGUUACAUUAACAACAAUCGAUAUAGUGGUCAGCACUAUCAGUCAUCAUGUCAUUGUGAUCUGGUCAGUACAAAUGGGACCCCUUCAGUGUCUGGUCUUCCAUCAGGGGUCAUAGGUCAUAAUAGAGAUGUUGGUAAGUACAAUCAUCUGCAGCAUAUCUCACCGUACGAUCGGGACGGAGACGAUUACAACACUCUCGGUAAACUCCCUCACAUUCAUAAACAUAGACCUCUAAAAAGAUCCAACUCAACACCUAGCGCUCGUGUUGGUGUCCAAACCAGUGAACACUUGAAGGGAGCUAGAUCUUCAUCCUUCGACAUGGAUCAAGUGAUUUUUGAUCAUGAGAAAAUUGUGGCAGAAAUGGAAGAAUAUUUGAAUAAAUCUGAUUCCACAUUAUCUCUGGAGGCACAAAAGUUCCCCACAAAUAUUACUCAGAUAACGCCAGAAAAGGACACAAUCGAUCAUGUCUCUCAUCGAGAUUCUUGUACAUCAAAUUUAUCAUCAUCAUCGUAUGAAAGCCAAGAGAGUGAUGAAACUGAACCUCAUGAUGUUGGUAUUGUAGACACACUGAAAAACAAAAUUCAAGAUUUCGCCAAUAAAAUUACGCAUAGACGUUCAGGGUCAUAUGACAAUAAAUUGUAUGGAACGUAUGAUGGGAACAGUGAUUUGGGCUCUGAGAAGACGGACAUUAGAGAUAGUCAUCUGUCUGUCAACUCGUGGUUCACAUCUUCAAAGCCAUGGGAACCCGAUAUCACGUCAGUGCUACAGUCGGGUGAGCUAGGUGGCUCCAUGAUCGGCCAGCGCAUGGCCGAGUCUGAUAUCUCUAGGAAACCAGAACUUUUCCUUUCUGAAUCAAGCCUUUCGUUGAUAGAAAGCAAGGAAAAUGUGCAGCCAUCUUGCAGUUUGCAAGAUGAUGAGUUAUCAAAUGGUGAUAACAUGUCAUCUGAACUGUCCAGGGAUAAUUCUACACUCUUGGACCUACAAAAUCUCAAUAUUCAACAAUGUGAUUCUGCAUUUUCUAUUGGCGAUAGCUGUAACACAGAAGUUUCUCCACGUAGUGCUGAUGAAGAUUCUAAACGUAGAAGACAUUCAGAGUCAGAUUCUUCUGGUGAUAGUUUCUACGAACGCCGACUCUCCAUGGCUUUUGAUGACGGUGAGGCUUUUCGAGAUUCUGCUGUGUAUUGUGAAAUGGACAUUGACCCCUUGGACCCUUCUAGCAAACUCUCACCUGUCUCAUCCAUACCUCCCAUCUCAAUUGUGUCAAAGCCGAAGGCUGAGCUCCCAAUCAAAGAUUAUUUGCAAAGACUGGAGAACAAAAUUCAACCGAAGUCUGAAACAAAUAUGCUUUCAGAGUCAAAUAAAGUUCAACCAGUCAGUAGUUCUCCCAGAAAUAAGCCUGCAGGUAUAGCAAAAGGACCAAGGGAACCAGGGGCUGUCGUAAAGCAAAGAAUGGAAAGCCUACAACAGAAUGUGGUGUACCGCAAUUCCAGGCCAUCCAGUGAAGAACGCGAUGUUCGUGUCUGCAGCAAGUCAACCGGUGAUGAACGGGAGAUGUCUCCCUUUGCUGGACGUUUUAGAUAUAAGCGAGCUUCAACUCCCUGUCGCGGGGAAGAUGGUUAUUUUAUCCGAGAAAGCUCGGACCCAGCUCAUGUGUUCAGGAGUCGUUCUAGCACACCAGUGAGUGGUGCACUGAAACCUUCUCGGUCACUUGGUCGCCUUGACCAGCUGAGUUCGGACCCAGAGAAUCUGGUCAUCAUGAAAGGUUGGGUCAGACAACUGAUAGAAAAAUUUCAAUCAACAAAUUCCUGACCAAUAUUUGCUUUUUGUACUGAUAAUCAGACAGAGGAUGUAUAACUGACCAGUAGUCGUGACCAAUCAAUCACCUUUAUGACGUUUAUCAUUGUUCCAUGUUAUACUUGUCAGAUUAGAGUUUAUUUUCUGUGUUUAUUUUGUUGUAUAUCAAUGUAUGAUGACCAUCAGUUCUCCUUUCCACUUAGUGCCAGCAUGUGUUGCUGAACAAUAUGUUCCUUAUGAACACACAACACCACUGCAUAUAUAAUAGAAUGUGUGAUUUUGUGAACCUAAAGAAAAUUUUAUCCUAAAUGAUUGUUUAUGUAAUAGCAGAGUAGCCCCCCCCAUCCCCCCCGCCCCCACCCCCUCUUAUGUUCCAGGAGAAAUUCUUAUUUUGACUGUCUGUAUUUAUUUCCAUUUCAUAAACAUACAUGUAUGUAUAAAUAUGACAUACUGUGAUAUCAGGUAAAUGAUUGUAUAGAAGUAAGGGAGACAUGGAUUGUUUUGAAAACAUCCUGGAAUAAAAUUAGCCUAUAGUGUGUCUCACAUCUUUAAAAAUGAUAACCUGAACUAAUGAAAUCACAUGUAGAAUUGAACAUGCAGUAGACUUUCUUAGAUAUAUCUAACUAAGCCAGGCAUGAAUUUACGAAUUUUGGCGGUUAUCAAAUUCCAUGAAUUAUCAAACACACCAACAAAGAUAGAAAAGUGUUAAUAAACCUAACUAGGUAAGAGAUAAGUUAUUUUCAAUGAGCUGUUGUAAGAGCUUUCCUUAGAUAUUUUUUGUUGUAGAAUCUCCACACCUGAAUGUUUAACACAACCAAUGUGCCUUGUGAUGUUUGAUCUCUCUAUCGUGUCCUUUUUAUUUGU